CAAUCGCGCCCUCCCAGCGACGGGGACGCGGCGCUCGCUCUCCCGCCCGAGCCCCGGGGAGACCGAGACGAGGAGGCUUCGCCGCCCCCUCCUCGCCGCUGCGCCCCGGCCCUACGUCCGCAGCAUGCCGGCCGGAGAACCGAGCGCCGCCCUCCUUCCGGAGCUCGCGGAGGCGACGCCGCCGCCGGCCGCGGGGCCGCGGCUGCGAGGGUAGCGGGGCCGGAGUCGGCACCGAGGCGCCGCGAGGCGGGCGGAGCAGGGGAGGAGCAGGCAUCCUUCGCGGCGCGGCGGGCGGCGGCCCUGCUGCCCGGCGCGCCCAUGGCCUGGGAGCUCGGAGAAUGCGAGCUGCACCGCGCACCGGCCGCAGCCUCCCCUCGCGUGGCGCGAUCGGCGCCCCCCAGAGCUGCUCGCGUCGCCGCCGCGCCCCAGCCGCGGGCGCCCGGCUGCUGGCUGCGCUAGGACCGACAGCCGCCGGCCGCCCAGGGGUGGUGGCCAGGGAGGAGCGCGAGCGACAGGGCCCGGGAGACGGGCGCCGGCCCGGGCGCAGCGCGGCAUGCAGCUGCGGGCUCCCGCGUGAGGGUGUCGGCCCGGGGCCCCGCCAUGGCUGGGAAGGACAGUGGCAACCUGAAGACGGUGAGGCUGUGGCGGGACGCCGCCCUGCGCGCCAGGAAGCUGCGGAGCAACCUGCGCCAGCUCACCCUCAGUGCCGCGGGAGGCUGCCCGGGGGCCGGAGCCGACCCGCUGGAGUCCCCCGAUUCCCCCCAGCUCGUGCUGCCGGCCAACAUCGGGGACAUUGAGGUGCUGAAUCUGGGGAACAACGGCCUGGAGGAGGUGCCUGACGGGCUGGGGUCGGCCUUGGGCAGUCUGCGCGUCCUGGUCCUGCGUAGAAACCGCUUCGCCCGACUGCCCCCUGCGGUGGCCGAGCUCGGCCACCACCUCACUGAGCUGGACGUGAGCCACAACCGGCUGACCGCCCUGGGCGCAGAGGUGGUGAGCGCCCUAAGGGAGCUGCGCAAGCUCAACCUCAGCCACAACCAGCUGUCCGCCCUGCCCACCCAGCUGGGCGCCCUCGCCCACCUGGAGGAGCUGGAUGUCAGCUUCAACCGGCUGGCGCACCUGCCGGACUCCCUCUCCUGCCUCCAUCGCUUGCGUACCCUCGACGUGGACCACAAUCAGCUCAUUGCCUUUCCCCGGCAGCUGCUGCAGCUGGCGGCCCUGGAGGAGCUGGACGUAUCCAGCAACCGGCUGCGAGGCCUACCUGAAGAUAUCAGUGCCCUGCGUGCCCUCAAGAUUCUCUGGUUGAGUGGAGCCGAGCUUGGAACUCUGCCCAACGGCUUCUGCGAGCUGGCCAGCUUGGAGAGUCUCAUGCUAGACAAUAACGGGCUGCAGGCUCUGCCUGCCCAGUUCAGCCGCCUGCAAAGGCUCAAAAUGCUUAACCUCUCUUCCAACCUCUUUGAGGAGUUCCCUGCUGCGCUGCUGCCCCUGGCUGGUCUGGAGGAACUCUACCUUAGUCGCAACCAGCUCACCUCAGUGCCAUCCCUUAUCUCUGGGCUGGGCCGGCUUCUCACCCUGUGGCUGGAUAAUAACCGUAUCCGCUACCUGCCAGACUCCAUUGUGGAGCUGACCGGCUUGGAGGAGCUGGUGCUUCAAGGGAACCAGAUUGCAGUACUGCCUGACAACUUUGGCCAGCUGUCUCGAGUGGGCCUGUGGAAGAUCAAGGACAACCCACUGAUCCAGCCCCCCUACGAGGUCUGCAUGAAGGGGAUCCCCUACAUUGCAGCCUACCAGAAGGAGCUGGCUCAUUCCCAGCCCGCUGUGCAGCCCCGCCUCAAGCUUCUCUUGAUGGGCCACAAGGCUGCUGGAAAGACCUUGCUCCGUCACUGUCUCACGGAGGAGACAAUGGAGGGCAGCCAAGGAGGAGGGGACAAAGAGAAGAGCUACCCACCUUCUCCUCCCCCUGGGAGCAAGGGCAUCGAGGUGACAAGCUGGACAGCGGAUGCCUCCCUCGGCCUGCGGUUCAUUGUGUAUGACUUAGCUGGGGAUGAAAGCUAUGAGGUGAUCCAGCCCUUCUUCCUGUCCCCAGGGGCCCUGUAUGUGCUGGUGGUCAAUUUGGCCACCUAUGAACCACGCUGCUUUCCCACCACAGUGGGCUCCUUCUUGCAUCGGGUGGGGGCCCGUGUGCCUCAUGCCGUGGUGUGCAUUGUGGGCACUCACGCGGACCUGUGCGGGGAGCGGGAGCUGGAGGAGAAGUGUCUGGACAUUCACCGCCAGAUCGCCCUGCAGGAGAAGCAUGAUGCAGAGGGCCUCAGCCAUCUAGCUCAGGUGGUGGAUGAGGCCCUGGCCCAGGACUUUGAACUGCGCUCUGCCAGCCCCCAUGCAGCCUACUAUGGGGUUUCGGACAAGAACCUGCGGAGGUCCAAGGCCCAUUUUCAAUACCUGCUCAACCACCGUCUGCAGAUCCUCUCCCCGGUGUUGCCUGUUAGCUGCAGGGACCCUCGCCAAUUGCAACGCCUUCGGGACAAGCUGCUCUCGGUAGCUGAGCACCGAGAAAUCUUCCCCAACUUGCAUAGAGUCCUGCCGAGAUCCUGGCAGGUGCUGGAGGAGCUGCACUUCCAGCCACCUCAGGCCCAGCGCCUUUGGCUGAGCUGGUGGGACUCGGCUCGCCUGGGCCUGCAGGCAGGUCUGACUGAGGACCGGCUGCAGAGUGCCCUUUCUUACCUGCAUGAAAGCGGCAAGCUGCUCUACUUUGAGGAUAGCCCCGCCCUCAAGGAGCAUGUCUUCCACAACCUCACCCGCCUCAUCGACAUCCUCAAUGUCUUUUUCCAGAGGGAUGCCUCCUUGCUGCUGCAUAAACUGCUCCUGGGGACCAGUGGAGAGAGUGAGGGCGAGGGAGAUAGCUCCCCAGUGAUGGCGCUGCCUAGCCCGGGCCAGGACCUGCUCCGGGCCACCCAGCUCCAUCAUUAUGUGGAAGGCUUUCUGCUGCAUGGACUCCUGCCAGCCCAUGUCAUUCGAUUGCUGCUUAAGCCUCAUGUCCAAGCCCAGCAGGACUUGCAGCUGCUGCUGGAGCUGCUGGAGAAGAUGGGACUCUGUUACUGCCUCAAUAAACCCAAGGGCAAGCCUUUGAAUGGGUCCACAGCUUGGUACAAGUUCCCAUGCUAUGUGCAGAAUGAGGUGCCCCAUGCAGAGGCCUGGAUUAAUGGGACCAACCUAGCCGGGCAGUCUUUCGUGGCUGAGCAAUUGCAGAUCGAGUAUAGUUUUCCUUUUACCUUUCCACCUGGGUUGUUUGCACGCUACAGUGUCCAGAUCAACAGCCAUGUGGUGCACAGGUCGGAUGGUAAAUUUCAGAUCUUUGCAUACAGAGGGAAGGUUCCUGUGGUGGUGAGUUACAGACCUGCCAAGGGGGUCCUGCAGCCAGACACCCUGUCCAUUGCCAGCCAUGCAUCAUUACCAAAUAUAUGGACCGCAUGGCAAGCCAUCACCCCUUUGGUGGAGGAACUGAAUGUCCUACUUCAGGAAUGGCCUGGACUGCACUACACCGUGCACAUCCUCUGUUCUAAGUGCCUUAAGAGAGGGUCGCCCAAUCCACACGCUUUCCCAGGGGAGCUGCUGAGCCAGCCUAGGCCAGAAGGAGUGGCAGAGAUCAUCUGCCCCAAAAAUGGCAGCGAGAGAGUGAACGUGGCCUUGGUUUACCCACCUACGCCGACUGUGAUCAGCCCCUGUUCCAAGAAGAACGUUGGUGAAAAGCACAGAAACCAGUGACUUUUGUGGCCGUGGAAUUUCCGUGGAGAAAAUAGAACAUGGGAACUCACCUGGACCAUCGUCUGUACCUAGCGAGCCCUCCCCACCCCCAAGUGCGUUCUGUGGUCUGGAGCGAAGCGUGUUCAUGGUGCUUUCAGAGACCAAUGGCGAGGUGUGGAGGGGUGGGGGAAGGUUGGGAGAGAACAUGGAGCAAAUAUUUCACCACCUGAACCUCAGAUCUGUGAUUCUCCAAGGAGAGCGCUACUUGAAGAAAAGAAAAAAAAGUCGAAUGGCUUCUCAGGGAUUUUGUUUUCUGUGCACACAUAAGCCAUAGUUACAGUCCAGGUGGCAGUGUUUAGAUCACUCGGAUUUCAGUUCUGUUCAAUGUGAAAGGGAUCGACUGACGUUCAUUGCUGUUCCGUAACUAGUGUAAAAUAUGUAUAUGUUUAUCUUUAUUUUUAUAAUAUGCAAAUACAUUUAAAUUUAUACAGUUUGAAGCUUCUAGCAUUAGUUAACACUGGGUGCAAUAUUUUGCAUGAGAACUGUGCCAAGAUGGGACUGAUUUCUUAUUUUAGUGUAAGACUUUUUUGUUCUUUCUUUUUUUUUUAAAUCCACCUUCUCAGAUUAAAAA